AUGACUAUCCACUUCAUCAGCGGUGAAAAGUCGGAUCUUUUCCGUCCCCUGACCAUUUCCAAUGGUGCCAUCACCCUCCGCCAUCGUAUCGUUCAUGCCCCUCUGACCCGUAACCGCGGAGUGCCAUUGAACCCUACCAGUACGCCGGAGAAUCCCAAUCGUAUCUGGAUCCCCGGCGAUCUGGUGGUGGAUUACUAUGCGCAACGCGCUACCGAAGGCGGGCUGAUCAUCUCUGAGGGUAUUCCGCCUUCUCUUGAGAGCAAUGGCAUGCCCGGUGUACCCGGUAUCUUCACGCCCGAACAGGCGGAGGGCUGGAAAAAGGUGGUGGAUGCCGUGCACGCCAAAGGGGGCAUCAUAUUCUGUCAACUCUGGCACGCCGGCCGCGCCACGAUCCCCCAGAUGACCGGAUCGCCAGCCGUGUGCCCCUCGGCAAGUGUGUGGGACUCGCCCACGGAGUGCUACUCGCACCCUCCCGUGGGAUCCACCGAGCCUGUCCCAUACGCCAAUUACCCGCCGAUCGAGAUGUCGGUUGAGCACAUCAAGCGGACAAUCAGUGACUAUUGCCACGCCGCUAAAACCGCCAUGGAAAUUGGUUUUGACGGCGUGGAGAUCCACGGGGGCAAUGGUUAUCUUCCCGAGCAGUUCCUGAGCUCCAAUGUCAACAAGCGUACUGACAGCUACGGUGGAUCCCCGGAAAAGCGCUGUCAAUUUGUAUUUGAGUUGAUGGCUGAGGUUGCUGCCGCGAUCGGCGAGCAGAACCUGUCGAUCCGUCUGUCGCCUUUUGGCCUGUUCAAUCAGGCUCGUGGUGAGCAGAGGCUCGAGACCUGGACUCAUCUUUGUGAAGGUUUGAAGAAGGCGCAUCCUGCUUUGUCAUACGUCAGUUUUAUUGAACCGCGUUUCGAGCAGAUCUUCGGCCCAGAAGAGAAAGAUAAGUUCCUCGAGAGCUGGGGACUCCUGGAUGUCACCCUCGACAAUUUCCGGCAGAUCUUCGGGUCUACCCCUUUCUUUUCGGCUGGAGGCUGGGAUGACAAGAACUCAUGGGGCGUUGUGGAGUCUGGCAAGUAUGAUGCCCUUCUCUACGGUCGAUACUUCAUUUCCAACCCGGAUCUGGUCGACCGACUGAAGAAGGGUCUGCCAUUGACUGCCUAUGACCGCACCCGGUUCUACGGGCCUUUCGAGGAUAACGCCUUCCACUACACUGACUAUACCAUUGCCAAGAAAUAG